AUGCUUCAGUAUCUUCUGACGGAGAUAUCACUUCUCAUUUUAAUAAGUAUAUCAUGCACGAGCAAAGUAUAUCAAAUACCACUACACCCUGUCUACGGUGAAAGUCAAAACCAUGUUGGAUAUAGUGUAAAAGCCAGAAUCGGUCCUAAAUUACAAGAGUACACACUGCUGAUUGAUACACUGUUACCAUCGUCGUGGGUUGUUGGACCUGGUUGCUCCGAUCCAUGUUGCUUGAAUAAGACGACGUUCAUUUCAUCUUACAAAAUUAAGAAGUCAAAGAAAGAUCAUUUUGCUCUCGUUGAUUACACUAGUCGUAACAUAACAAUAAAUCUGUUGAAUGACGAAUUUGAGUUGUACGAGAACAAUGACCCAACAAUAAAAUUCUUUGAUAAAGCGUUCUCAUUCGGUGCCGUAGAAUCCUUAGAAUGGCAAGAUUGUGCAGAAUAUACAAAGAUAGAUGGAAUGUUCAGUUUAUAUCCGAAAAUUCAUUGGAGCACAACUAUAAUCCAUUCCCUCUACGAUUACUUGUAUGAUAAGCAUAUACCUAGAACUCUAACAAUUGCAAUGCCCAGACUGGUAACUAUACAUACAUAUUUUCAGUCUAUUACUUAUUAAUA